UGCAACUCGAGGCCAUCACCUCUCAUCCUAUCGCUGUUACCUGGGAGCAGAGGCUGACCCCACCUCACACAGCCUCCUCUCAGGGAGUUGCAGAGUGAUGAGAUCUCCCCUGAACCUCCUCUUCUCCAGACUGACCCACCCCAGUUCCCUCAGCCACUCCCCAUCACACUUGUGCCCCAAACCCCUCACAGCUCCGCUGCCCUCUGGACACACUCCAGCUCCUCAGUGUCUGUCUUGUAGCAAUCUACUUAUUUCCUCCCCUCCGUACCAAGAUGCUAAAGCUCCGCACAAGGGAAGCCUACGGCUACCACAAGAGGCAGUGACCUCCCACCGACCCGAGGAGAAGGCUGCACUGAGCAGUGCCACUCCUCAGGCAACAGCACUCGUGGUGUCGUUUGGACUUAUUCCAAUUUACAGGUCGCAUGGACUAUCUGUCAUCAGACUAUACUUUCAGUCAUCCCAUAAGCGCCGAAUUAGCAGGGAGAGCCACAGGAUGUUCUUCAAUUUGGCUGAGCAGACACCUGCCAGCCCGCAGCCCUGCUCCGUGCCAUUCCCGCCCGACGGCCCCCGCGUCGCCCCUGCUCUGACAAGAACGCCAGCUCGGACUUCCACCUCAGCUCGGACUCCCGCCUCCGCAGCGUUCACACGAACGCACUGGGAGCGGCUUUCUGUCCGACGGAAAUUCUCGACGCGGAGAGCGGCGCUCUGAGAGACCGCGGACUUCAUUUCCCAACGUGCCUCAGGCCUCAG